GAGUCCCACCAGCCCAGUGGCCAGACCUUUUGUGGAAUCACCAGACCAGCCCGGAGCCCUGCCUGACCCAAGCCCACCUGCUGGCAGCCCGGUGCCUGGCUAUGACCGUUACCUACACAAAUAAAGUGGCUAAUGCCCGCUUAGGCUCCUUCGCCCGGCUGCUACUGUGCUGGAGGGGCAGCAUCUAUAAACUGCUCUAUGGCGAGUUCUUCAUCUUCCUGCUCUGCUACUACACCAUCCGCCUCAUCUACAGGCUGGCUCUCACGAGUGAACAGCAGUUGCUGUUUGAGAAGCUGACUUUGUACUGUGACAACUCCAUCCAACUCAUCCCCAUUUCCUUCGUGCUGGGUUUCUACGUGACGCUGGUGGUGACUCGUUGGUGGAACCAGUACGAGAGCCUGCCAUGGCCCGACCGCCUCAUGAACUUGGUGUCGAGCGUGGUGGAGGGCAAGGAUGAGCACGGGCGGCUGCUGCGGCGCACGCUCAUCCGUUACGCCAACCUGGCCAACGUGCUUAUCCUGCGCAGCAUCAGCGCCGCCGUCUAUAAGCGCUUCCCCAGCACCCAGCACCUGGUGCAAGCAGGCUUUAUGACCCCCGCAGAACACAAGCUCUUAGAAAGCCUCAAAGGACCACACAACAAGUUCUGGGUGCCUUGGGUAUGGUUUGCCAACCUGUCAGUGAAGGCCUGGAGGGGAGGUCGCAUCCGAGAUUCUGUCCUGCUCCAGAGCCUGCUGAACGAGAUGAACACCUUGCGGUCUCAUUGUGGACAGCUCUAUGCCUAUGACUGGAUCAGUGUCCCGCUGGUCUACACGCAGGUAGUGACAGUGGCUGUAUACAGCUUCUUUGUGGCCUGCUUGAUUGGACGGCAAUUUCUGGACCCAGCCAAGGCCUACCCAGGCCACGAGCUGGACCUCUUUGUACCCGUCUUCACAUUCUUGCAGUUCUUCUUCUAUGCUGGCUGGCUGAAGGUGGCUGAGCAGCUCAUCAACCCAUUUGGAGAGGACGACGAUGACUUUGAGACCAACUGGAUUGUUGAUAGGAGCUUUCAGGUGUCCCUGUUGGCUGUGGACGAGAUGCACCAGAACCUGCCCCCGCUGGAGCGGGACAUGUACUGGAAUGAUCGGGAUCCACAACCCCCCUACACAGCCGCUUCUGCCCAGUCCCGACGACCAUCCUUCUUUGGCUCUGCCUACAACAUCAGCAUGGAUAAAGAAGAUAUGGAGUUUCAGCCAAAUCACAAGAGCGAUGAGGAGGAGGAAGGCGGUGGGCCCACUGGCAUCAUUGGCCGCUUCUUAGGGCUGCAGUCCCAUGAACACCCCACCAGAACAAACUCAAAGACCCGACUGCUAGCACGCAGGAAGGAAUCCUUUCCCCACAAGAUGGGCUAUGCUAAGCGCCAGUACAAGGAUCACAGAGGGAGCCUGAUGUUCCCGGAAGGCCGACAGUACCAUGGGGACCAGGAGGAUAGCAAGGCCUGGAAGGUGAGGAUGGACGCCUUCAGGUCCAGUCCACUGUACGAAAGGUCGGGCUACCACAGUGCUCCAGAGACGCCCCUCAGCCACACCCCCAUGGUCUUCCCACCAGGACUGUCAGCACCCUCAAGGUUCGGCAGCCUCACAGACAUAGAGGCCACUGUCAAAGGCCAGAGCCUAAAUCCUCUGACUCUCGGGGCCAAGAAUAGUUUUGAAUUGCUCCCCGAGAGGGCUGCAGCCUCCAAGGAGCACCCGGAAGUAAGUUAUGGAAGAAGGAAAACUGUUGAGUUUAACCUGCCAGAUAUGCCAGAGGCCCCUGAAUAUCAUUCCAGCAACGUGCACACUAGAUUCAGAGAUCCCGGAGAUCCCUACUGUGACUUGGAGAACAGGUCUGUCCAGGGUCGCUACACUCCCUUGUGGCCCUCCCUCCCCUCUCCGCUUGCCCUGAGCCUUCCCUUCCUCCACAAUGUUCUUUGAUUCUGUCACUGUCAGAAGCUGGACUUAUGCCCGGUACUGGCUUGGGGUACACACCUGGCACCCCCACCAGGGCCUCUAGGGAAGCCUUGGGGCCUGUUGUUCACUUGAUCCAAGAGCCUGUCGUCACCAGGAAGAAAGACUUCCUUGGGACCCAGGUAAAGGAGGAUGAGGUUGCAGUGACAGCAGUGCUAGAGUGCCACAGGGCUCGUAGGUCAGGCGGGGAUGGACAGAUGUUUCAUUGGGCCCAGCUCACUUUGAGCAGGGGUGGCUGACAUAAAACCCUGGGGCAGAAAUUAGGGGUUCCAUGUUGCAGCCCAAGAACUUGACUCACUGGCCACUCAACUGGGAGACUGCAAAUGACCCCCUAACCAUUCACUGCAGCACCAAAGAACUCUAGGAAAGCGUGGUAGGCCCUGCCACAUCCCCAGGAACUGGCAGAUGGCAAGAGAUGAGGGCUUCUAAGGCCCUUAGCUUAUCUUGUUCCACAGUGCUUUGGGGAACUCAAAUGUGCUCAAGCCUCCCUUUACUCCAGAAUAGUUCCUGGAUACUUCAAACUUUCACCCAAUUAAACAGCACCUACCCCACUCCUAACCAUGAAGUGGAGAGGAAGUUGAACUUUCUAUUUCUAGACUUUCAAGCUGUUAUUUUUGAGGUCAGAACAGAUGG